UGUCCUAAUCUUUUUGGCGCUCAAGAAUUUCAUUCCGUCCUUAUAAGCGACGACGGGCAAACCCUAAACCUAGAUCUCGUUCCCAGAUCUGCCGCCGUCUCUAUUGUUCUCUCUCAUUUCUUCAGAUCUGCCCCCUCUGAUAACUUUAUCUUGAGUUUAUACUUGCGUGGAAGGUAUUUGACUCAGGAUGUCUCGGUGCUUACCUUUCCCUCCGAUUGGCUAUUCUGCGAAGAUCGCCGCUAGCGAUACCUUGAUCGAUUCGAUUAAGCUCCGGGAAACCAAGGAUGCCACUGCUGAAAGUAAGAAAGAAAGGAAAAGGGAGAAAAAAGAGAAAAAGGAGAGGAAGUUGAGGUUGAAGCAGGAAACCAAUGUGUUUGAUCAAAGUAGAAAACGAAAGCAUGGUGAAGAUAAGACUCUCAACUUGGGGUCUGACUCUAAGUUAUGCAAUGGAAACAGUGGUUCAAAGAAUGAUGACUUUGAACUUCUUGAAAGAAGUAACAUCACUGAAGAACAUGGGCAGCCUUUUUGCCCUCAGAUUCCAUGUACUUCGGACACCUCAGAAGACAGUAACAGGAGGAAGCGACAUUGCCCGAAUCCUCCUCUUGAAACUGGCAUUCGUGCUCAAGGAAACAUCUUAAGAAUUCGUCUGGCUCCUAAAAAACCAGAGAACCCAAUUGCUGUUGCUCCUUUAAAAAUCAAGGAAGAAUUGCAGCAUCCAAUAUCAACAAUUGUAAGAAAUCAAGUUGAAUUAAGCCAGCCUAAAGAACCAUCAAGUUCUGGUAGAACUGAGUUAACCAAACUGAAUAAGAAACUCAAACGGGUUGACUUAGUUUACACAAAUUUAUUUGAGAAUUGGGUCCCUUCAUCAUUGUCAUCAGUUGAAGAUGAUGAAUUGGGUUGGCUUAAUGGGAAAAGAGGAUCUCAAAAUGAAGAACAACAUAAACAACCUAAAAGUGAUGUCCAAAUUGGUAGUAGCUUUAAUACUACAAACUUGUGGCAGCCUAGAGCUAUAUUCUUGCCUGAGGUUGAAGUAUAUGCUCUUCCUUUCACUGUUCCUUUUUGAUUUUAUUAACUGCACAACUUGGUUCAGUACCUAUGCUGAACCAGUUUUUUUUGUUACCUUAGUGUAGUUUUAGAGGCAAUUUAUCUUUGUUGUUAGUGACUAACAUUGUAUAAUGAAAGAGGUUACAUUGAUUUAAUUCUUUAUGACAAUUUUUUUUGUUU